AAAUUGCCUAGAUCCUGUUGCAGGUGUAUGUGCUGCACCAGCUUGGAGCAGUAAAACCCGCUGCCGUGUAACUGCUACGUCCGCCCUUCCGUCCUCUCACGUCCUCUAAUUCUGAAUAAGUCUUGCUACUGAACUAUAACUAGAAAAGCCGCAUUAUUCUCUCAGAAUGUCUGAAUAUCAGGGCCUUUCAAAUUAUACAUGCAGACGCUGCUUCUAUUCAGUUCCCAAUCUUUACUUUCUCAUUGCAAUCUUGCUGUUCAUAUAGUGCAACAUGGCUGCAAUCUUCCAAACCCUCCCAAAUGCACUUUCAGAGGUCGACGUGAUUCUUGCUGGAGGAGGGACGGCUGCUUGCGUCAUUGCUGGACGACUAGCAGAGGCAGACCCUAAUUUGUCCAUUCUGAUAAUCGAACAAGGCCCAAACAACCUUCAGGUUCCCACAAUUGUGCAUCCGGCUUUGUUCAUGAGCGGCCUGCUGCCUACGAGCAAUGCAACUCUCUUUUACCAGAGUGCUCCAGAGCCGCAGCUCAACAAUAGGGAGCUUGUUGUUCCGUCUGGAGGAACUCUUGGGGGCGGCUCCUCGAUCAAUUUGAUGAUGUACUCAAGGGGUCAGCGCUCCGAUUUCGACUCCUGGAACAUACCAGGAUGGUCUGCUGAUCAUAUGAUUCCCUAUCUGAAGAAGCAAGAAACUUACCUUGGUCCGGGGCCGCAAUCUGUUCAUGGAUAUGAUGGUCCCUUAACUGUCUCCGAAGGCACCUACCGUGCAAAUCGAUCAACACGAGACUUCAUUCAGGCCGCAGAGCAAGUCGGUUAUCCUGAGAUAGAAGACCUGGCAGCCCUGGAUUAUAACAACGGCGUUCAGCCUGCAUUGCACUACAUUGGACAAGAUGGGUUACGUCAAGAUACAGCUUCUAGAUAUAUCCACCCGAAGAUCAAGAGUGGAAAGUAUCCAGGACUUAAAGUACUCGUGGAUACAGAAGUCAACCGUGUUAUUUUCGAAGGAAAGAAAGCAAUCGGUGUUGAGUUCAGACCCAACCCCAAGGUUCAAUCAAACCAUCACUACAGCUCUGUGACGGCCAGGAAAUUGGUAAUCAUCGCUUCCGGUGCAUUGGGAACGCCAUUAGUACUGGAAAGGUCUGGUAUCGGCAAUCCCGACAUACUGGAGAAAGCCGGCAUCCCAGUAAUCUCCGAUCUUCCCCAUGUUGGUGAGAAUUAUCAAGACCACCACCUCAUCACAUAUCCGUACUACUCUAGCCUGGGCGAGAAUGAGACAUUAGAUGCGCUAAUAUCUGGUCGUCUCGAUGCUGGUGAGGCAAUCCAAGAAAAUGCCUCCAUUCUUGGUUGGAACGCGCAGGAUAUUACUGGCAAGCUUCGACCCAGUAACGCUGAAGUCGAAGCGCUAGGUCCAGCAUUUGAGGAGAUGUGGAAUGCAGAGUACAAGAACAACACCAACAGACCGCUUUUACUGACAGCGCUUGUAAAUUUUUUCCCUGCCGACCCAAGUCUUGUUCCAGUUGGACAAUAUCUUACGGCGUCCGUUUUUACGGGAUAUCCCUUAUCUCGUGGCUCAAUACAUAUAUCUGGACCAGGACUUGACGACAAGCCAGCAUUCACAACUGGGUUCUUCUCCGAUGCCAAUGAUGUCGACAUUCUGAAGCACUUAUGGGCGUACAAGAAGCAAUGCGAGAUCUUCCGUCGAUUAAAAACGUACCGCGGUGAAGUAGAGAUUCUUCAUCCCAGAUUUGCGCCGGGCUCCCGAGCUGCAGGGGGAUAUCUUGAACACGGUUUAUCAGGGAAUAUAACCAAUAUCGACUAUACUCCUGAAGAUGACGAAAUAAUUAAGCAAUGGAUACGGGAGCAAGUAGGAACAACAUGGCACUCUAUGGGAACUUGCCGCUUAGGCUCUUGUAGAGGAGACGGUGUUGUAGAUCAGAACUUGAGUGUGAUUGGGGUUGAGGGACUCAAGGUUGCAGACCUCAGUAUUCCCCCGCUGAAUGUUGCUGCAAACACGAUGAAUACAGCAGUAGCAAUAGGGGAAAAGGCAGCUGAUAUAAUCGUCAAGGAAUUGGGCCUAUCUUAGAAAGAAUGGCUAUAAUUAUUGGGACUUAGAUGCCGAUGCUGAACAUGGUGUGACUAUUCACAUGGCUACCUCAUGACAGAGUCCUUUUAAAGAUGAC